AUGGAUCUCGCCUACGCCAACGAGCAGAUCUAUGCAUCGCAAUCCCGCUCCUCCACACCCACCCCUUCCAAAGACUCCGCCUCCGCAACAACUGCUACUGACGCGCCAACCCCGAGACCUCAGCCCGAACAACGUACAGAUCUGUCUACAGAGCUUUCUGAAACUUUUAAAGCUUUCUCCGCGUCGCCGUGGGGAACCCGCCUGGGCGGGUUCUGGGGCAAUGUACAGAAACAGAGCCAAUCAUACUAUGAAGAGGCAGUCAAGGAGGUUGAAGAUCUGAGAGUGGAUGCGGUCAAGGGCCUCAAUGACCUGCAGGAGUCUAUCGCGUCACGUGCCCGGUCGCUCAGCAUCGACGAGAAAGGGGCGGCCAAAGAGGCGGGAGCGACUCCGGUCAAGGAAGCACCGGUGGUCGAGGGCGAGAGUGAGGCAGACAAGCAGAUUCGCGAAAACGAAGGCUUUCUCACCCGCUUCAAGGCAGAGGCCGCCAAACGGCUGAAAGAGGUUCAGAAGGCGGAAGAUGCAGCCGAUGAGGCCUUGCUGCGAUUUGGGACAAACAUCACGAAUUUCCUAAGGGAUGCGGUCGCAGUGACGGCGCCGGAAGCGGACUCGGGUACCUCCGAAGUUCUGUUCGAGAGCAAGGACGCAGCUGGCAAACGAGUCAUCCACACAAGCCGCUUCGAUGCCCAGCUACAUGUUAUUCACACUACCCCGACCGGGCUGGAGAGUGAUCCGGAGACGGCUGGAGAGAAGUGGACCAGCUUCAAGCAGGGCUUUGACAUUGAUCAGAAGACCGACGCCAUCGCUGCCGACCUGGAAAAAUACCCGGAAUUAAGAAAGACGAUGGGGGAGCUGGUGCCCGAGAAGGUGGAAUACAAGGACUUCUGGACGAGAUAUUACUUCCUGCGACAUGUGCUGGAAGCACAAGAGGAGACGCGAAGAGAAUUGUUGAAAGCUUCCGCAAAGGCGAACGAUGACGAGGAGGUUGGCUGGGACAGCGACGAUGACGACGAGCAGCCUUCGAAGCCUGCCAAACUUGAUGUCCAAAACGCCAACGACUCCACAACCACGCUAUCUCAGGCACAAGCAACGCCGAAGCCCACUGGCAGCACGUUGGAGCCUGGCAGAAGAUCACACGACGAAAAGUCUGUCGCUGACAGCGAGGCUAGUUACGACAUUGUCAGCGGCGCGCCUUCAAGAGCGGCGAGCAGUCCGAAGGAGAAGAAAGCGGAGGAAAGUGAGGAUGAGGAUUGGGAGUAG